GUGGUAGUGGUGAAAACUUAUAAGUUUUAACAAAUGCAUUUAAAAAUUCGUUAAAGGAAAAAAUAUAGCCAAUAGUAAUAUAAAAAAUAAACACUUCGAAUAAAACGGUCACACAGUGUACGCGUGUGCAAAGAAACAGAUUCCAAAUUUAACAAAAAGGUAAAUCGACGUCGACGACAACUGAAUACCUAAAAGCAGCAAUACAACAACAGCAAGGGGCAACAUCGAAGCAGCGGCACGCAGAAUAAAGAAACAAGGAAACAUUUGCACAGCAACCAGCCGACAAAAACAACAGCAACAGCAACAACAACAACAGCAACUACAACGGCACAGCAACCGACAAGAAAAACCACUUCAACAAAAGAGGAUAACAUAUUGAAAGAGCUCCGCACACACACACACACACACACGCACGCAGUCACAGACUGGCACAACAAACGCCAACGGAGCUGCCAACUCACACGUAUGUACGUGGGAAAGUAAACCGACAUCUUUUUACGACGUCGUCGGGUUUUGCAAUCGGGCAAGAGAGAGAGGAGAGAGCGAGUCACUGAGUUUUGAAGCUCACAGUUCGACAAGCAAGCACAGGGCCAGGGCCAGCCCUUUAGUAACGCACUCAUCCACACACACACAAGCAUACGCACGCACGUACGCCCACAGAGCAGCGCUGGCAGUCGCGAUCAACCAAAAGAGCGGACGAAGCUGGACAUCGCGAGAGCGAAAGAGAGCACGCGAGAGCGAGUGCACGUGAGAGAGUGUUUGUUGGGUUGGCGUUCGUUCGGCUCUCGUUCGGUUGCUUAACAAACGCAUUUGGAAAUCUCAGCAGCGGCGCAUUCGUGAAAGUGCGUCGUCGUCGUCGUUGUGCGUGAGCGUGAUCAACUUGGAGCCGCGCACUCGACUGCAUUUACGAAACACACCAGUGUUGCCACAUUGCUGAAAGCUGAUCGGGCACAUGAAAGCUUAAAGUGACCAGACCAGUAAAAUACACAUAUAAAAAGAACAACAACAAGAGGAAGAACAAGCGGCAGGAAAAGACGCCAGACUUCAAAUGAAAACGCUCGUGCUCAGUCCAGACGAUCUGCAGAACUUUAACAAGUUCAUCUACGAUCCCAAAUCGGCAGCCCAGCUGGCCGCCAGUGCGGGCGCCAUAGCGGCAGCCGCCCAUGGACAUCCCGGAGGCGUGCAGCUAGUGGCAAACGGCACAGCAGUACCUGUCUCCGCCGUAACAACAGUGAGCGGCGCGCCCGCAGGCGCCGCCGGCACAGUCAACAGCGCCAACAAGCUAAUGGCGCUGCACUACUAUCUGAACCAUCAGGGCAACUAUGUGGGCGCCCAGCCCGUAAAUGGUGGCAGCACGGCGGCGGCUGCUCAUGCGCAGCAGCAGCAGCAGCAACAGCUGCUGGCACAGUCGCAGACGCAGCUGAAGCAGCUGCAGCUGAAGCAGCCGACAAUACACCAGCACCAGCAGCACAUUAGCUACCAUCAUCAUCAUCCCUACUAUCAGCAGCAGACGCAGCAACUCAGCCACAGCCUUCCAGCAGCGCAUCAUGCCCAGCACAAGGUGCAGGUGCAGGUACAGGUGCAACAGCAGCAGCAGCAGCAGAUCCAGGCCAGCCAUCAGCAGCAGCAGCAGCAGCAACAAAGUCAUUUGCCUGUGCAUGCGCUUAACCAGAACUCCAAUUUCUCGGCGGCCAGUUCGAGCACGGGCGGCACCGCCUCCAGCCAUGCGCCGACGCAGCAAUCGAACGGCUCCAGCGUAUCACCCACAAUCAUCAGUCACCAGCCGCGCGGCGGCGUCGUCGCCGUCGGCGGCGGCAGCAACAGCAAUAUAGCGGCCGCUGCGAAUGCGCUGCUGCGCGCAACGGCUGCGGCUGGGGCGGCGCCGAUAUCGUCAGCGUCGUCCUCGUCAUCGUCGUCAGCGUCCUCGUCAUCCUCUACAGGGUCGUCCGCCUCGUCAACAUCCACGUCCGGCUCGACGUCCGGCUCCGCCAAUUGUGCCAAGAAACUGAAAACCGAGCCGCUUCUCUCGCAAUACAAUCAAACGGAACGGCUGAACUUUGCUAACACGUAUAUCGUGUGGAGCGAGGAGCACUGGCGGCGUGUCAUCUUCCAUGAUGAGCGGCGCUUCAAUUUGGACGGCCCGGAUGGCUUCUCCUACUACUUUCACGAUCUGCGCAACUAUGAGCGCACGCUGUCGCAGCGGCCGCGCGGCAACUCCGUCUACAUCUACCUGAUGAUCUGCGUCGGCGGCGCCGUCCACCUGGAGGUCUCGUCCGCCAAGCAGCGGCCCGAGUCCUGCAUUGAGGCGAUCAUGCGCGAACGGCCCAAUAUUGUCAGCAAACUGGGCGGCAAUACGGAGUUUGUGCUGCAGGAUCACAAUUGGAUGUCGCACGCGCUGCCCACCGCCCAGGAGCUCCUGAAUGCUGAGGGCCUGAAGACGCAAAAGUGGCCGACAAUUGCCCACGAUCUGAACAUCAUGGAGAACAUUUGGGGUUGGCUAAUACGCGAAGUGUUCGACGGCGGGCGCAAGUUCUCCCGCAAGGACGACUUGAUAUUCCGCAUCAAGGAGGCGUGGUCGCGCCUGCCGCUCGACCUGAUCACCAACCUGUACAGCACGCUGCCCGAGCGCAUCACCGAGCUGUAUUACACUCAAGGCGUCUACACGAAUUGUUGACAACCGACGCCGCAAGACGCUGGAUGCGAAGAUGACAGUGAUGCUGCCAGAUGUGAACGGGAACGGGAAGGGGGAGGGAAACGGGAGCGGGAUGGACAUGACAGAGGCUUCCUCUCACCCACUUGGCAGCUGCUUACACGGAUUACGUUCUAAGUGGCGGCUCCUCCCAAUUACGCUGGCUCCUCCCCUCCAGGACAUUGGCGAUUGCAAAUCUUUUCGUACAUUUAACUUGACAUUUUUUGUGUAUAGCUUUAAGAAGUGUGUGUGUGUGUGUGCAUGCGUGCGUGUGUGAACGGGUGUGUGUGAAGGGAGCAACUGAAUCCGAAUCUGAAUACGUAUUUGUGUCUGUGUCCGUGUAUCCGUAUCCGUAUCUGACGACUGGUAUCUGUAUUUGUAUCUGCCACUGCCCGCAUUGAACUCUCGAAAUGCGAGAUUCCCGCACGCCACGUGUGGCAACACUGGCCAAACACAUGCUAACCUCACCACCACAGCCAGUGUUGCCAUGUCGCUUUGUAAUUAGUGUUUUAUGCAAAAACUCCCGAUCUUAAGAAUGUAAGACCUACGUUUAGUUAUCGUUUUUAAUUAACACCUCUCCCCCACGCAAAUUAGUUACAAGAGGAUUAUUUUAUUUGCACUUAACUCAUUUUGUUGAUUGUUUUUAGUUAUGCAAACAAAGGAGGAAGAAUAAGAAGAGGAAGAGAAAGGCGAACAAAAUUAAUGCAAAGCGAGAAAAAUAAAAAAAAUGUAACUAAAGUAUUAUUUUAAGGCAUAGUUUUUUGUUGUAGCAAAAUA